AUGGCUGGCGCACUCUUCCGUUGCUCCCCCGGCGAUUGGCUCGCGACCCAUGCUGUUCUCAGCAAGGACUGGCCCGAAAACAUGGUCGACAACGUCACUACCUGUCUCAAAAACACUCCGGGUGACGAUGGGCAAGCCAUUCUCGACGACGACGGUUGGGUCGCCAUCAACGCCUUCCCCGACUCCGAUGACGAGGCCAUAACAUUCUCCCACUUCGAGACGGCCGGCAGGGCGAUCGCCCAGGCCGUAGGCAAGAUGCACCCCGACUCACCCCCCACCCGUCCGUCCAUGCGUUCCUUCCCUGUCGUCGAGGGCUAUCGGCUCCAUCCCGACAAUCCCCGCAUUCUUUUACGCCCUCGUGUUGACAAACCCCCAUCCUGUACAGACGCUCCUUCGAAUGUGAAGCUUUCCGGCGACCGCCUCGGAGAAAAGCGCAGACCGAACGAUGGAGCCGAGUGCCGGUAUGCCUCAGACGAGAUCACAGACACGGCGACGAUCGGAGAGUUCAGACUAUACGACUCUACCACCGGAAGGGAAGACAACGAGCAGAGGCUGGCCCAGGCAGCGACCGAAGUCCUGUUCGGCGAUCCCGGUAGACGCCAUAUCAACGGCAUCACCAUCUCGGGCAACAACCUCCAAUUCUUCAGCUUUUCGCGCUCCCAUGUCCAGUGCUCGACCGGCUUCGACUUCCACAAGGAGCCGCAGAACCUCGUCUGGUUUCUGGUUUUCGUGAUGUACGGCUCUCUAGAGGCCCUCGGCUAUGACCUCUCGGUUCAACGCAUCCCUUCCAAGACCGGCGACGGCACGGACAGGGCCAAGUGCGACUUCCGUUAUUGGAUCGAGGGCCGCGCGUUCCUCACGGAGGGCGAUCCCAUCUCGCACGAAAGCGCAUACAACGUCUCGUCCCGCGCGACUCGGGUCUGGAAAGUAAAGGAGGUAAAACUCACACCCGAGGGACGGGUGCCCGAGUUCUUGGAGUUCCUCGACGGCGAGAAGGUGCUGAAGGAUGUCUGGCUGUACGAGGAUGCUAGGUUGGAGCACGAUAUCCAGGGGGCGAUCUUCCAGAAGCUGGACGACAGCGCCCAACAGCAUUUCCUCAAGAUCCUCGUCGACAGCGUCGUCCAGCUAAGCGACGGAGAGUCGGACAUUACUGCCAUGUGCCCAAACGAGAAGACGGAGUGGACCCAAAUCUACUAUGUACCGUCCAUAGCCCGACGAGACGUGAUCGCUAGCCAGAAGCCCGCACGGCCCGAGCGCAACGCAUUCCCACGUAUGCUGAAAAGCCGCCACCGCAAGCACGUCCGAACGGUUUUCGAAGGGCGCUGUGAGAGCGUGUAUGAGCUGAGGGACUUCUCUAGCUUCCUCCGAUGCGUCGCCGGUUGCGCGAAGGCCCUGGACUUGAUGCGCGAGGCCGGCUACGUCCAUCGCGACGUCAGCGCUGGCAACUGUCUCUAUGAUCCGGUUGCGAAAUUUGGCAGGUUGGCAGACCUGGAGUACGCAAAGCCAUACGAGGACAUUCCAGCUUCUGAACCCAAAGUUGGUACUCCCGAUUUCAUGGCCGUCGAAUACCAAGCCGAGACGUGGUUAUUCGGUGAUCAGGAUGGCUUUCGCGGCAUCACCGCUGACGACGCGCCCGGCCAAUCUCACUGUGAUGCACUCCGACAACCCUGGACACUUCCCGUGUUCAUCGUACACUUUCUCCACGACCUCGAGUCGCUCUACUGGGUCUAUGUCUGGUUCCUCCACUUCCGCAUCCCU